GAAGAUUACUCUUUGCCAAGUUGCCCGUCCAUAUCUCGACGACUCACUCUAAAAACUCAACUUAACUCUUUAAGCACGGGCAGUCUUUUGUCGGAGCGACGAACGUAGCGUGGAAUAACAGAGUUCCACCCAACCAGUGCCUGCUACUCGCUGUCUGCCAGAGCCAAUUCCAGCUAUUGCCGCGUAGUGCUCACCACGACCGACAGAGUAAAAGGGGAAAAAUGGUAUUUAGUUGUUCCUCGUUCGUCGGGGGUUCGUGUGUGUUCGCACCGUGCUGUGCUGUGAUUGCAUGAAGGUGAUGGUCUGCUUUGCUAGCGCCGUACUACGCAUGGUUUGUUAGACGUGGAACUACCACUACUGCAGUGAGUUCUGCAACACCCAGGCCUAGGUAGGAAGAGACAAACGUCCAAUGGGUCCACGUCGAUAACUGUUCCCUCCGAGUGCUUUACGCCCGUCUUUGAGAAGGAAAACAAUUAAUUGCUCUAUGAUCACUUAUACUACGGAGGGUAAUGCGCCUAAGUCUGAGAAAAACGUCUAGACCCAGGUUGAUAACGUCUGCCACCGAAUGCGCCAACGUUGAUAACUUUUACCAGUUCAGUUCAACACCCGGCCUUGUCUCAGCGUCUCAUCAGUGGAGGGACGCUCGUUAAGGGACGACGCUCACGGGAACACAGACAUUAGGACAUAAUAAACAACAAUGUACGACCAGGACCUUGAUCCUAACCAGCCGUACGAUAACGUAGAAUUCCCCGUGAGGAAACCUGGCACCGGAACCUGGCCUGGCCCCGGGGGAGGAGGAGGAGUCGGAGGAGGAGGAGGAAAGGGGAUCUCCUCUACAGGGUCAGGGGUCAAACUUUACGGCCAUCAAACCAACAGAUCCCUCGGCGGUGGUCCCAAAUUGGCGCCGCUAGUAGAAGUGGAUGGUGCGGAGAACUCUUCCUCAAGCAACGGAGAAAACCAACAAAGGCAACAAAAGAGUGGCGGGGCUUUCUCCUCUUCCUCGACCACCUCCUCGACAGGUGGCUCCACUGGUGGGACCGCCUCUUCCUCUUCCUCCUCCUCCUCGUCUCAAGUCGCUGGCAAACAGAGUGGAUUUCAGAACCGAACCCAGACUGCCGGCACCACGGGUGCGUGGACAUCUGCCUCCUCCAUGUCUUCUUCCUCUUCCCCACAGAAUCAGAAAGGAGGGACGACGUCCGCCAACACUGCCAAUACGACAACAUCAUCUUCAAACACGGCGUCAUCAGCAACAACGGCAGCCACAUCAACGACGACAGCAACAACAACAGCGUCAUCAUCAACAGCUAAGCAGAACGCUAAGCCUGUGAUCCCUAUGACAAACGAUUCGUCUCUCUACAUGGCCGCUGAGGUCGGAGAUGGACAGCGAAAAAAGAAGCAGGUGGAAACUGAGGAGGAAGACUUCAAGCGUCAGGAUUUGAACCCAGCCUCACGCAAAGCUCUUGAGAAGGUGUACACACAACAUUCGGAUUUCUACCAGUUGAACACUAAAGUGUUGGACGAAGGCAGCCUUUUGAAACAAGAUGUUCUGGAUAUCUACAGGAAAACUGGAGAGACACUGACCUAUGAGCAGCUAUUGCAAGAUGAGGCCAAAGUGGGUGUCUACCCCUCCAAUGACGAGGUCCAUUGCCUCAAGAGUGAUGCGUUUGGGUGUGUCCAUGCCUCCCUGGCAGACUCGGAUGUUCUUGGACGUCUACCUUGACCCGUCGAUGUCCUUAACAGUGGCCAGAGAUUUCAUCUCACAGUUACAUGCCUUUGCUCCACACAUGCACUAACAAAUUAUUUUAUUGCGAUGGCACCAUGCAAAAUAGAAAUAAUCCAUUUAUAAAAGAAAAAGACUUGAAAAAUUAACCUUUGAAUUUUGAUUAAAAUAGAAACUCGUGUUAUGAAAAUAUAAAGUAAGGAGUAUACAAUCCAAGUAGUAUCAUUUUAGCAUUAGCAUUUCCAGUCCUAUUGUCCAAUCGGCGCCUUAGGUUGUUGUUUUUUAGAGUUGGGAAUUGGUUUGUCGUUGUUGAAUUCAAAGGUCCUCUAAUACAAAUAAACAAAGGAUGUGAGUUUGGUUACUCAACGCAACCACAGGACCAAGAUGGAUAUGAAAGGAAAAA